AUGGGAAAAACAUCAACCACCCGUUUACUAAUGGCUAAGGCUGCUGUAAUAAGUGGGGCAAUGAUUGCUAGUAAAACAUCUGAAUCUGCUAUAUCAAAUCCAUCAGAAAUGAAUUCUAAAUUAAGUACAAAUGAAAAUUUUUUAAUACAAAAAACUUCAAAAGAUAUACAACAAAAUACUACAUACCGUCCAAGAGAAUCAUUAACAGCAUUAGCAGAUCUUUUAAAUGCCUCAUCAUCAUUUUCAAAAAAACGUUUAAGGACAGAAUAUCUUGAAAGAAAAUCAUUUAUUAAUUUAUUAAAAAUAGCUUGUGUAUUUGAUUUAUUAACAGUAUGUUUAAAUACACCAAGAACACUUGAAUUAUGGCCUCCAUUAAUUUAUAUUAUUUUUGUUGUUGAUACAUUUACAACAAUUACUUUUUUAAUUGAAAGUAUUAUCAAAAUAAAAUGCUAUGGAUUAAUAAAACCUUCUAAUGCAUAUUUUCGUCAACGAUGGUUACAAUUUGACUUUAUUUUAAUGUUUUCCCAAAUAUCUUCAUGGAUUUUAGAAAUUUAUUUAUUAUUAACAAUACAUUUAUCAUUUUUAAAUUUAACUUAUCGUCCUAUAUGGACAAUGAUAAGAUGUGUAAGACCAUUAGUAAUAAUAAGAUUAAUACGUCUUACUGUUAAUUUUAAUUUGCCGCAAAAUAGAAUACAACAAUUAUUAAGAAGAUCCAGUCAACAAGUCCAAAAUGUCACUGUAUUUUUUGUCUUUUUUAUGGCACUUUAUGCUAUACUUGGUAUACAAUUAUUUGGUAGAUUAGAUUAUCAUUGUGUUUUACCAGGAACAAAUCCAUCUAAUGUUACUAUUCAUGAUCUUGCUAUUCCUGAUACAAUGUGUUCAAAAAAAGGUGGUGGUGGAUAUGAAUGUCCAGAUAAUUUAGAAUGUAUGAAAUUAGAUUUAGAUGCUAAAGCUGAAGGUUUUUAUGGAAUGUUUGAUAAUUUUGGUGCUAGUGUAUUUACAGUUUAUAUGGCAGCAUCUGAAGAAGGAUGGGUAUAUGUUCUUUAUGAUUGUAUGGAUUCAUUACCAUCACAUUUAGCUUUCAUAUAUUUUUUAACAUUAAUAUUUUUCUUAGCAUGGCUUGUUAAAAAUGUUUUUAUAGCUGUUAUAACAGAAACAUUUGCUGAAAUUCGUGUACAAUUUUCAGAAAUGUGGCAAAAAAAUGAUGUCUCAAUUGAUGAAGAAUUUAAAACUAAAAUUGAAAAAGGAAUUAAUGGUUGGAAUUUAGUAAGAUUGGAUUUAGAUAAUAAAAUUGUAACAGGAAAAUAUCAAAUACUUUCAACAAUUCUUCAUUCUGUUUUUUUUCAAGCAUUUGUUAUUACAUUUGUCCUUGCUAAUGCCUUUGUAAAUGCCUCAUUUUUUUGGGCUCAUAAUGAAAGUGAUAUUAAAAGGAAAGAAUUAUAUUAUAAAAUUGAAUGUGUUUUUACGCUUAUUUUUAAUAUUGAAUGCUUUGUAAAAAUAAUGUGUUUUGGCAUUAACCAAUACUGGAAAAGGAAUGUUUUUAAAUUUGAACUUAUUUUAGCAAUUGGAAGCACCUUAAAUGUUUUACCAAUAUUUUAUGAUAAAAAUAUUUUUACAUAUUUUCAAGUUUUUCGUUUAUUACGCCUUAUUAAAGCAAGCCCAAUAUUAGAAGAAUUUGUCUGGAAAAUAUUUAGUCCAGGAAAAAAAUUAGGUGGAUUAGUUAUAUUUACUGUUACAUUUAUUAUUAUUGCAUCAACGGUUUCAUUACAAUUAUUUCUUCAUGUACCAGAUUUAGAUCAUUUUCAAACAUUUCCACAAGCAUUUAUGGCAAUGUUUCAAAUAAUAACACAAGAAGGAUGGACAGAUUUUGUAGUUGAAGUAUUACGAAUGAUUAAUGAUGAAUGGACUCCUUUUGUUGCAAUAUAUUUUGUUGCAUAUCAUCUUUUUGUAACAUUAAUUGUUUUAAGUUUAUUUGUUGCUGUUAUUCUUGAUAAUUUAGAAAUGGAUGAAGAAUUAAAAAAAAUGAAACAAUUAAAAGCUAAGGAACAGACAACUUCAAUGCGUCUAACUUUACCAUGGAGAUUAAGAAUAUUUGAAAAAUUUCCAACACGACCACAAAUGGUUAAACUUAAAAAAAUUAAUAGUGAAUUUCCAACACCAAAAAUGCGUGACUCUUUUACUCAUCAAUUUGUUAUAAAUGGUGAAACUGAUAUUGAAGACCAUUUUGAGGAAAGUGCAGCAAAUAAGCAUAAGAAAUUAUUAACAUCUAAUAAUAAAAUUUUUUCUAAAAUGAAAAUUAUUUCUUUAAGACAUUCAGGUUUUUUAACUAUGGGAAAUAUGGUUAAAAAAUUAUUUACUAAAAAUAGGCAUAAUCAGGCAAAUUAUUUUAAAAAUACAAAUUUAGAUGCAACACAAAAAAUUAUUGAACAAUUAAAUGAAAAUGGUGAAUUUGGUAGAUUUAAUGAAUAUCAAAAUGAUGGACUUAAAAAAGAUUCAAAAGAUGGUGGUGGUAUUGAUAUUAAAGCAUUUCAACAAAAAAGACUUUUAGCUGAAUUUACAAGAAGUAGAAUAGAAGAAGAAAUGAGAGAAAAUCAUCCAUAUUUUGAUUCACCAUUAUUUAUAUUUGGUAAAGAUUCGAAAUUUCGUAAAUUUUGUGAGUAUGUUGUUAGUGCACAAUAUAAUUAUUUAAAUCAUAUGUCUGAUAUAAAUGUUAUUUCAAAAUAUUCAAGAAAUUAUAAACAAAUACGUUCUAUUGUUGGUUUAUUACCAUAUCUUGAUUGGGUAAUGGUAUUUGUAACAUCAUUAAGUUGUAUAUCAAUGAUAUUUGAAAGUCCAUGGCCAACAACUGGAGAAAAUUUAGUUAUGUUUAAUUUUUAUCUUCAAAUAGCUGAUUAUAUAUUUGUUUUAGCUAUGACAAUUGAAUUAACUAUGAAAAUUGUUGCAAAUGGUUUAUUUUUUACACCAAAAGCAUUUUGUAAAGAUUUAGGUGCAUUUAUGACAAUAUUUAUUUAUUUAACAAGUUUAAUAUUUUUAUUAACAAUGAAAAAAAAAGUUGAAAUGAAUUCUAAAGAACAAUUAUUAAUGAUAUGUAGAGCUAUGCGACCCCUUAGAAUAUAUACAUUAGUACCACAUAUAAGAAGAGUUGUUGUUGAAUUAUUUAGAGGAUUUAAAGAAAUAUUACUUGUAACAAUUUUAAUGAUUGUUGUUAUGUUUAUGUUUGCAAGUUUUGGUGUUCAAACAGUUGGUGGAAGAUUAGCUGCAUGUAAUGAUCCAACAAUAACAACAAGAGAAAAUUGUACUGGUGUAUUUUGGCAAAAAAUAUUUGUUACAAGACUUGAAGUACAUGGAAAAAAUGAUGAAGAUAUACAUCCAAAAAUUUUAGUACCAAGAGUUUGGACAAAUCCUAGAAAUUUUAAUUUUGAUCAUAUUGGUAAUUCAAUGUUAGCAUUAUUUGAAACAUUAUCAUAUAAAGGUUGGAAUGUUAUAAGAGAUAUAUUAAUGAAACGUCAAGGACCAUGGGCAGUUGUUUUUAUACAUAUAUAUGUUUUUAUUGGUUGUAUGAUUGGUUUAACAUUAUUUGUUGGUGUAAUAAUUGCUAAUUAUACACAAAAUCGUGGUACAGCAUUAUUAACAGUUGAUCAAAGAAGAUGGCAUGAUUUAAAAGCAAGAUUAAAAAUGGCUCAACCAUUACAUGUACCACCAAAACCAAGAGAUUCAGCAAAAUUUAGAAAACGUGUAUAUGAUUGGACAAUGUCAAAAACAUUUAAUAAUUUUUUCUUUUAUAUGGUUAUAUUUAAUUCAGCAACACUUCUUGUACCAUGGAGUGUUGAAGAAGAAAAAGAAUUAUCAAAAUUUUUAUAUUUUGUUACAUUUUUAUCAGCAAUAGCUAAUGUAGCAUUUGCAAUUGAAGUUAUUUUAAAAAUAAUAGCAUAUACAAUUAAUGGAUUUUGGCAAAGUAGAAGAAAUAAAAUUGAUUUAUUAAUAACAGCACUUGGAAUUGUAUGGAUAUUUUUACAUUUUUUUGUUGCAUUACCAGCAAGUGUUGUUGGUGGUGCUGUUAGUUUAAAACGAUAUACAUAUACAUUUGGAUAUGUUAUUGUUGUAGCAAGAUUUUUUACUAUUGCUGGAAGAAAUACAAUAUUAAAAAUGUUAAUGUUAACAGUAUUUAUGUCAAUGUAUAGAAGUUUUUUUAUUAUAUUAGCAAUGUUUUUACUUGUCUUAUUUUAUGCAUAUACUGGUGUUAUAUUAUUUGGUAUGGUAAAAUAUGGACAAGCUGUAUCAAAACAUGUUAAUUUUAGAUCUGGUUCAGAAGCAUUAGUUGUCCUUUUUAGAUCAGUUACUGGAGAAGAUUGGAAUGAUAUUUUUCAUGAUUCAUCAAUAAGUCCACCAUUUUGUUAUUGGAAAGAAGGUUUAAAUUAUUGGGAAACUGAUUGUGGUAAUUAUUAUGGAGCAAUUAUAUAUUUUUGUUCAUUUUAUUUAAUUAUUACAUAUAUUGUAAGAAAUUUACUUGUUGCUGUUAUUAUGGAAAAUUUUUCACUUUUCUAUUCAUCUGAGGAGGAUGCUUUAUUAAGUUAUGCUGAUAUUAAAAAUUUUCAAUUAAUUUGGAAUAUGUUAGAUACAGAACAAAAAGGUAGUAUUCCAGUUAAAAGAGUUAAAUUUCUUUUACGUUUACUUAAAGGAAGAUUAGAAGUUGAUACAAAUAAAGAUAGGCUUCUAUUUAAACAUAUGUGUUAUGAAAUGGAAAAAAUUCAUAAUGGUGAUGAUGUAACAUUUCAUGAUGUUUUAUAUAUGUUAAGUUAUAGAAGUGUUGAUAUUAGAAAAUCUCUUGAGCUUGAGGAACUUCUUCAAAGAGAAGAAUUAGAAUAUAUAAUUGAGGAAGAAGUUGCAAAACAAACAAUAAAAUUAUGGCUUGAAAAAUGUUUAAGAAAAAAUAAAACAUUAGCAACACAUAAAGAUACAUUAAUACAUCCAUCUUCUUUUUAUCAUUCUAUGCUUCAUUCUACAGAUGUUGAUAAUGAAUCUAUUAAAUUUGGUUUAUCAUCAAUAAAACAACUUCAUAAUGUUGGUAAUAGAACAGACUUUCAAUCAGAAAAAUCUAUAACAUCACAUGGAAAAUCUUCAGUUGUAACAGAUUUAUAUCAAUCAAAAUCAACAGAUAUAUUACAACCAGAAACUAAUUCAAUAGAUUCAGUAACUUCAAAGUUAACUAUACAACAUGGAAAAAGAAAAGAAAGGCGAAAAUCUAUAUCAGAUGUCAAUGAAACAAAAACAUUUAUCAAUGAGGCAGCUAAAAAAUUUUUACAUUCAGCAAAUGUUCGCAAAAUUUCAAUGUUAGGAAAAAAAUUAUCAAAUCUCUCAACAACAACAACAACAUCUUCUUCUUCACAUGAUAUCCCACAACAUAUACCAUUAUCAAAUAUUAAAUUAUCACAACAAUCACAUCAUCAUCGUAUGUCAGCACAUAAUCUUGAUCAAAUAGAAGAAUGGGAUACAGAUGAUUCUGAUAUUCAUCUUUCUACAUCUUUAGUUACACAAAAAUUAAGUUUACCAUCUUCAAAAACUUCUAUAGAUUGUUAUAAUCUAACAUCAUUAAAUAAUACUACUGUUGGGAAACAUCAUCAAAAUUAUACAAUUAGAAGAGCUAGAACAAUAUCCCCAACAUAUCACAAUUACAUUUUAAAAGAAGAAGAUAUCAUAACUGCAGAUCUUGAUAAUACAUCUAUAAAUGAAGACAUUGAAAAAUGGUGGAAUUCAAUAAAAUAG